AUGGCUUCUCCUUCCGAAGCCGACGGCAAGGCGGCGUCAUCCAGCCUGGAUGAUGACAUCCUGCCUGCUCACACUAACGUUGUCGUCGCCGAGACCAUCCCUAGCAAUUCAGCACCUGCAAGCCAGGCUUCUGACGAGGUAUCUGCGUCGAUCUCCAACGACAGCGAUGUUCCGCUUGACGAGCAGGAAGCACUACGGGACCUGACCUCGAAUGUCCGCGACCAGGACGAUCUUGAGCGCGACAUCACUUUCCAAGCCAACCUUGCCUUCAUCGAAGCUGAGGAUGAGAGGGAUAAGAAGCGCAUCGCAAAGCUAGAGGCCAACAUACAAAAAUUCGAGGCACAAAAGAAAUCUCAAGAAGAGCGAUUUCGUAAGGCAAUCGGCAAACCUGAUUUGAAGAACAAGAUUCGUGAAGAGAUUGCCCGUCUGGAUUCUGAGAUAGCUCUCGCUUCCAAUGACAUCGCAGACUUUAAUGCUCGCAUUGAGCAGAGAAACCAGUCUACUGGUGAUGCAUCCAGAUUAUCCCAAGCUGGCAACAAAAAACUACCUAAUGAAACCCACCGAGAGUUUCUUAUUCGGACUGGCAAAAUCACGCCCUUUGCCAAUAUUGGAGGACCUCGGCCCGAAGAAGUCCAGGGGCAAUUGGCCAACGCACUUGUUGAUGCCGAAGAUGAGGCCAUUGCCGAAGAAAUGGAAGAGGAGGCGACGCAUGGACCGCGAUCACACCGUAACCUUCGCGCCCCGGGUUUCGCUGAUGCCGAGGAUGUCAACGAGGCCGCCAUUCUGGCCCAAUCAGAAUUCUCACUUAGACCACGAAAGACCCAGAAGAAGCGUCGCGUUGAGCCUAAGGGCGACUCUUCAGAUGAUUAUCAGCCCUCCUCGUCUCGCUCGACCCGCCCAGAGGCUGACUUCGUCGUAGACGGCGAUGAGGAGGAGUCUGACGACGACUAUGAUCUCACCGAACUACCCCACAAGAAACCCUCCAAGGCCACAAAAACUAGCGACGAAGUCAAAAUCAACCCUGGCCGAGUUGAUGAUGGUAAUGAGGCUGAUUACCAGAGCCGCCUUUUGAGCUGGUGUCAGCGACGGAGCGCUGCGAGACGUCAAAAACAGCUCGCCCGCGGUGAAGCUGUAGAGGCAGACGAUGAUGAGCCCGAGUGGCACAAGCCUUCUCCCGACGAACCGGAUCACCACCUUGACAAUGGACUCAAACUUCCUGGAGAUAUCUAUCCGUCCCUCUUUGACUAUCAGAAGACUGGUGUUCAAUGGCUAGCCGAACUCUGGAACCAGAAAGCCGGGGGUAUUGUAGGGGACGAGAUGGGUCUGGGCAAGACAGUUCAGGUCAUCUCCUUCGUAUCAGCAGUCCACUACAGCAAGAGACUUGAUGGCCCGGUCAUUAUUGUUGCCCCAGCCACAGUCAUGACGCAGUGGGUAAACGAAUUUCACCGAUGGUGGCCGGCUAUGCGCGUCUCUAUCCUCCAUUCCUCGGGAAGUGGCAUGGUCAAUGUUCGUCGCGAGGAUCGCCUGGUAGAGGAUGACAUAGCAUGGGACGACGUUCGAUAUCAGCAAGGCAAAAAGUCGAGCCCAGCUGCUAGGAAGAUUGUCAAGCGUGUUGUGGAGCAAGGCCACGUACUGGUCACGACCUAUGCUGGUAUGCAGACUUACGCCGACAUCCUCCUGCACGUCGACUGGGCAUAUGCUGUCCUUGAUGAGGGCCAUAAAAUCAGAAAUCCAAACUCCGCAAUCACCGUAGCCUGCAAGAUGUUGAAAACACCCCAUCGCAUCAUUCUUUCUGGCACACCCAUGCAGAACAAUUUGCUGGAGCUGUGGUCGUUGUUCGACUUUGUAUUUCCGAUGCGACUCGGAACUCUCCCCGAUUUCCGUACCGAGUUUGAAAUCCCCAUCAGAAUCGGUGGCUAUGCCAACGCCUCUAACCUUCAGAUCCUGACAGCCCAGAAAUGCGCAGAAAUCCUUAAGGAUACCAUCAGUCCCUACCUCAUGCAACGCUUCAAGGUCGAUGUGGCUGCUGAUCUCCCAGAGAAGAGCGAACGUGUUCUGUUCUGCAAGCUCACGAAACAGCAGCGGAACGCCUACCAGCUGUUUCUCGAAUCUGACGAAAUGAAAUCUAUCCUAAGUCGCACUAGACAGUCGCUGUUCGGCAUUGACUAUUUGCGAAAGAUUUGCAAUCACCCAGAUCUGACAGAUCCAUUGCUCAGGAAGCGGGUCAGCUACGACUGGGGCAACCCGAAGAAGUCAGGCAAAAUGCAAGUGGUCAAGGCUCUGCUUCCGAUGUGGAAGAAAAAUGGCCACAAGACGCUUCUUUUCUCGCAAGGUGUGCAGAUGCUAGAGAUUCUCGAGCAGUUCAUCCAGAAAACUGGUGAUAUCAAGUAUCUCAGAAUGGAUGGCAAAACUCCCGUCAAGGAGAGACAGGUCCUUGUUGAUCAAUUCAACAAUGAUCCGGAGCUGGACGUGUUCCUACUUACGACCAAAGUGGGUGGCCUUGGUGUAAAUCUGACUGGUGCCAAUCGUGUCAUCAUAUUCGAUCCUGACUGGAACCCGUCUACAGAUGUGCAGGCUCGCGAGAGAGCCUGGCGUUUGGGACAGAAACGUGAAGUCGUCAUUUAUCGACUUAUGUCGGCUGGAACCAUCGAAGAAAAGAUCUACCAUAGACAGAUCUUUAAGCAGUUCCUGAGCAACAAGGUCCUGAGGGACCCCAAACAACGUGCCGCAUUCGAGCUCAACGAUUUAUACGACCUCUUCACGCUCGGAGAUGCAACAGACGACCAGACCCAGACUGGCCGACUUUUCCAGGGGUCAGAGGUAAAAGUUGCAGGUGCGCUAUCUGGUUCUGAUGGAGCAAUGUCAUCAGCUUCCUCCUUGAACGACAAUCGCAAGGCAACAUAUGACGGUACUUUGUUAACUGCAGCUCUGAACGCUGUCGACGAUCUCAACAAUAUCGAAGGCGUGGCGGGCCUCGAAGAUUAUCAGACUUCAGCUGACGAGAAACCCAGCAGUGACGAGGCACGUAUCAUGGAAGGGCUCUUCGCGCGCUCUGGGGUUCAUUCUGCUGUGGAGCAUGACGAGAUUGUCAACGGCAAGCGCAAGCCACAAGCCAAUCAUGCCAUGCUGCAGCAAACAGCUGCGGCCGAUGCCGCGAAAGCAGCUGCAUCGCUGAGACGGGCGCAUGACCAAGCCGUCAGGAUUCCAAUUGGCACUGCCACGUGGACUGGCGAAGUUGGCGAGGGUGGUCGUCCGUCUGCCCCGUCCAACAUCCGUCGCGGUUUGGGAGGACCAGGCUCCGCAUCGAUUCUUUCCGGGCUUCGUGAUCGCCAGGGACUCAAUGUGCCGGGUACCUCCUCACCCGGGGCCCGUUCGUCGAGCGGUGCCUCCUCUGCUCAAGGCGCAACACCUACACCAACGACAAACAUUGGUCUCAAAGACUUUGAGCGCAUGAUUACCCAGUUCAUCCGGCGACACGGCGGCCAAGUUGCCACGAAACUGCUCGUGGACCAUUUCAACCCGUACUGCAUCACCCGCAAGCAGACCACAGAAUUCAAGACAGCGCUUGAUCGGGUUGCGAAGUUGGAGAAGAAAGGAGGUUCAAUGCGUAGUGUCUGGGGUCUACGUACCUUGCCCAACCUUGACGUGUUUAUGGAUUGA